UACCUUUUGUCAGCAAUGAUUCCGCUGCCGAUUUGGCUGGCGUCCUUUCAGGUCGCGCUUAGCCAACACAGAAUUCCUUCAUGGGAAAAGGCAAGUCCUAUGAAGUUUCCUCACAUCGCAUUGGUUGAGGGCUGCUACUACAAGCAUGCAAGGUACUACUCACCUUUCUCGCAGAAAACAAAUGCAACCACAAUACAUCAGUGUCAGCAAAAGUGCGUUGCAAGCACAGAGAUCAAGUGCUUUUUUUUCAACUUUUUCCCUUCUACCGGCGCUUGCCUUCUGGCACCAGCUGACGCAGCCUUUACAGCGUACCUCUCCAAAGACUCUUAUGCUGGCCCCAAGGUUUGUCCCCAGGAGCCAGUGGCGUGCACUGACCUGCCAACGCCAGCAUUUCCAGCAGCAGACAGCGAGAUGUCCAAAAUGGCCUGGCCCAUGCACAUGGUUCCACCCAAGCUUGGGUGCUGGCCUAAGGACUUUGUAGGCAAAAAGUUCAAGAACUGCCCAAGAGUAACAGCUGUCGAGGACACAGCAACUGGAUGGCCUGGAAAAUGCCUGGGCCUGGACGAAGUGGUAGUGCCUUACAAAGAGACCUGCCAAAGUUGGUGUGAAAAGCAGCCUGGCUGCUCCGUUUGGCAGGAAGUGGACCAGGGCGGAGAAACGGCUUGCUUCCAGACCUUUUGGAGCUCGGGCUACAAUUGCUACCAGCGUAUCGUGGACGGCAAGGAGGACUUGGACUUCAAGCCCAUCAGGGCACAGCGACUCAUGAAGGGAGAGGUGAGAGUCUUGAAGAAGCUGAGCUUUGUUCAUAUUGAUGGCUUGAAAAGAGUUUUCGAUGAGAACUAUUUUGCAAAGCACGAGGAUGGUGUAAAGGCCUGCCAAACAACCUGCUACUCAGAUUUGGGUUGCCAGUGGUGGAUCUACAGUAGGGUGAGAGGUUGCUAUGUGGAAGACAUCUCGCACCAAAGGAUGCCGGUGCCAAUGACAACGGACACCUUCCAGGUCUUCGCCAGAGAAGCACAGGAAGUUCUGGAUGGCGAGUACAUUCAGCAUCAAUGCAAGGAACUUCCCUAUGCUGAUAUCUCGUCCAAAGAGGAGAUUCCAGAGUUCCACCUCCCGACAACAGCUACGGAUACCACGACACCAGAGCCCGCGGCAGAGACCACCACUUUGCCCACCACGAGUGAAAGGACCUAUUGGACCACAGCAGGCAUAAAUCUGGUGACAAUGGCCCCCUCUCACAGUCCACAAAGAGAUGAACGUGCAAGCAGUCAGGUGGAUCCCAAAGAUCUCAAACUGUUGGGUGUCGGAGCGUUGGUGGUGAAGGGCAUCGAUCUCAAUUUGGUUGACAGCACCACAAGGUCCAAGUUGUCAGACAGAUAUGCAGAGAUGAUUGCGGCCAACGCCCGAUUGUCCAAGUACGAUGUCCUGGACUUGAACAACAAGGCCGGGCAUGUGACUCUCGAGUCGUGGCAGACUGGCAACCCGCUGAUUCGCAGGCUGCAGACAGCAGAGCCUGGCUUCAAAGCUGCGUUCAAACUUUCGGAGAAAGGUAAAGAGACCUACUCUGAAGCAGCGCGUGUGCUCACCUCUGACAGAUUCUACUUGGAGGUGCAGAGUGAAACGGCUGCAAUGCUGAAGCACACCCCAGUGGGUGGAAAGUUGCCAAGAGUGCAGGCAGUCAUGCGACAGGCGCAGGAUUCCGAUUUCCUGCCGCUGAACGCAGAGAGGAAGCAGGUCAGCAAUGCGAACGCAGAGCUUUGGAUGUUCAUCUUGGGCUUCAUCCUGGUGGCGCUGAUCAUUGGAAUUCUCAUUUGGCUUUUUGGCUGGUCCAAAAAGAAGGUCUCCUUUACCCGAAAAGCUGAGACCAAGCUGGGUUCUUUCCGCAAACUUGGGGAUGAGGACCCUGAAUAUGGACAGGUGAGCAAAGGGGGUAAAGCGUCGAAGAAGAAUGGGGCCGGAGCUGCUUCUCCAAGCCGAAGAGAGAUCGAAGAGGCCGAGAUGCGGGCUGUGCAGGUAGCCUCUCGCUUGUCGGAAGAAGUUGAUGUAGAUGAUGUUCCCUCAGCAAGACCUCAGGGCUAUGCAUCUGGAUCGAUGUUCACAGCUACACCGCAGGUGAACUUUUCUGGAAGUCCAUAUGCCACACCUGUGCCUGUACAAUACAACUCAGGGUACCAAAUGCCAUCCUUGGCACCUGGCUAUCCCGGUCCACGGGUCAUUCGAUGAUGGCUUCGGUGAUUCGCAUCGCCGGCUCUACUGAAUUCUUUUCACCCAAGCACAAGAUAAGUGCAGAAGCAAAUGUAAUGUGACGUGAUUGCGAUAGUCAAAAAAUCAGAGUGCCGCUUCUUUUUCUAAGAUAUGUUGCAAACAUGACCAUGCAGGAAAAGCAUUGCAUUGCCUAAG